AUGUUCAAUGAGAUAAAUGGUGACUUUGACGAUGUGGCCAUCAAGACUUUCAAGGUCAGCCUACCUGCUGAGCAUGGUUUGAAGAAGUCUUUGACUGGGAAACCCGCUAUCAGUGAUAAAGGGCACACCACAGAUGAUUGUAGAACUUUGUGGGAUCAUCGGGAUCAGCUAGUUCGAGAAGGAAGGUUGAAGCAAUUUUUGUAUCAUCCCAGUGGUCAAGGGGGCCGGGUAAGAUCAGAACCUCGGAGGGAUGCUUCUUCGAGAGCCUUUUUGGGCAUAAUCAACGUCAUCCUCACUGCCCCAUGGAGGACUGGUUCUCAUCUGUCUAGGGUGAUGUCUGUGGCUCAGCCACCUACUGAGGAUUCUGGACAUGAGCCGAAGAGGGCUAGGGUAGAGAUCCGACCAACGUUGAGCUUCUCGGACAAUGAUAAGGCUGGGACUAUACAACCACAUGAUGACGCCCUGGUGGUCACCCUCAGGAUAAGGAGGUAUGAUGUGAAGAGGGUACUAGUGGAUCAGGGUAGUGGGGCUGAGAUUAUGUAUCCUGAUUUAUACAAUGGGCUAAAUUUGAAGCCGGAAGAUUUGACGAGUUAUGAUUCACCUCUGGUGGGCUUUGAUAGAAAGGUUGUUAUUCCAAAGGGUCAAAUUAGACUACCCGUGCAGGCAGGCUCUGAGGUGGUGGAGAUGGAUUUUAUUGUGGUGGAUCCUUAUUCUCCAUACACAGCCAUUGUAGCACGGCCUUGGCUCCAUACCCUGGGGGCUGUUUCUUCCACCCUCCAUUUGAAAGUGAAGUAUCCGUCCGGGGAUCAGAUCAAGGAGCUAGUGGGAAGUCAAUUCGUGGCUAGACAAUGUUUGGUAGCCGCUAUUAUGCAUCAGCUUGAAAUCAAGUCCUCGGCCUCUACUGAUAGAGGUUUAUAG